CCUUUCCAUCUGAGCAUGUUUUUCCCUCUUCCCAAUAUCUGUAACCAGUUAUGCUCCUUGUUUACCCUUUGGGUUUCUCAUGAGAGAGAAACAGUGCAAUAUUUAAACGUGUAUGUUCGAUUUAUUUAACUGGAGAUCAUGGUCUCAAGGUGCAUCCGUUUUCCAAGCAGAUCCAUUUUAUUCAUCUGCUUCCUGGACAUCACUUGAAUGUUGGCUGCCUCCCACUCAGCGUGCGCUCUCCCUAACUCGUGACAUUUCCCCCAGGCCUGAUCCUCUUCUGACUUUUUGUCUGCUCUCCAUGAAAUGAAGAAGCCAGUUUUAAAUGUCGCAAAACCUCCCCUGUGGCAUGAGGGGCCCCUGGCUCUUAGAAUUUGUGCAUGGUUGAGGCAGCUGGACUACUGCCCUUCAAAAUGUCUCUGCUGUUGUGUGCGAGAUCCUCGGCUAUGCCAGAGAGAGGUGGCCGUAACCUUCUACGCUUACAAUGCACAGACACGGCUAACAGUGUACAAAAGUCAUCCACUCGUAUUCCAUUUAGCAAGGUAAUAGGUCACCUUCUCCCUCAUUCCUCCCUGCCUUCCUAAUGUUUGUCCUUCGACACUGGAGCCUUGGCUGUGCCACUCUCUCUACCAGCCACCCUCAUACCAGCUCAUUACUGAACAGGCACUUGCCAGGCUGUCCUUGCUCAGCAGUGACAAAACAAGUUUGCUGACUGAGGAACCUUUCCACGUGGAAAUUAAAGAGACAUUAAUGGACAGUGGAGAAAUAAAGGACAUUAGCGGAACAAAGGGCAGACUUCGGAAAAGUCUGGAGGUUAGGUGAUAACGUAUCAAUGUGAAUUCCUGAUUUUGACCAUUAUACUGCAGUUAUGCUAGAGAAAAUCAUACUGCAGUAUUUAGAGAUGAGGAGGGAAAGUGUCUACAGCUUACUCUCAAAUAAUGAGAAAAAAGACCCAUGGGUGUGGUGGCACGUGUAUGUGUUUAAAUCUACGGGAGCCGGAGGGUUAGGGUAUAAGUAAAACAAGGUAGUAAGUUGCAAACAUUUGACCAAUCUUGAAAGAAAGGCAUAGAGGAAGUCUUUGAACCAUUUCCCUCACAUUUUUUACGUCAUCAGUUAUUUCAAAAUAUGAGGUUAAAAUUAAAAAAAGAUCUUGAUGGGCAGGAAACCAGGCAGAGGAAGCCAGUGUCAGAGAAGAAUCCUCUGAACUUGGACUACGUCUCACUUCUUGAGUACAGUCUGUUUCACAUUCAAGUCCUGUUGGGUUUCCCAAGAGCCUCAGCUCUCCUCUUCCUCUCAGCAAGAUUCUCCCCAAAUCUCUCACCUGGCUGACACACUAUGUCUUCCUCUUCUGGCUGAGCUCCCCUGGCUCAGGUCCAUGCCCUGGUAGCCUGCAUUCCUCUUUGCCAUCUCCCUGGGAUCUGCUUUUUCACUUUACUAGCUCUCUUCUGGCUGCCUCAGUUGCUCUCAAACAGGAACAGAUGGCUUCUUUCCAACCUCUAGCCUCUAAAUUUAAAAUACCUGUCUUCCUGUAUCUUCAAGAUAACUCAGGAAAUGUCAUGAGAACAAAGCCAAAGUUCAGUUUCUCUACUGCAGCACCUAUCAGUCAGGAUAUGUGUAAUAAGUUAUGCUGUGGUAACAAAUUGCCCCUCAAGUUUAGCUCUCUUAAAUCAUUGCUGAUGAAAACGAACAACUGUUCUCCCAUGUGCCCCGUGUUAGGAUGUCUGUGCUCAUGGCAGUCACUUGGAAACCCAGUGACAGAGGCUUUGUCUUGUCUCCUGCUUCUGCCAUCAUCACGGUAGAUGAAGAGAAAUGUGGUGAAUUAUUCACUGGCUCUUUCAAGUUCCUCCCUCAAAGGGAUGAGAGUUACUUCUACUCAUUUCGUUUCAUUCAUGAAGUACAGUCCUUGUGUUUGGGACACAGAGAGGUGCAAGUAUAUUUGCAACAUCCCUGAUGAUUGUCACAGCACUAGUUCUUGGCAGCUGAGCUGAAUUUAACAGUUAACUUCAGGAGAACUGCUCAAGAGGCUUGUGACAGGAGAAGUAAGGGUGCUGAUUGCCACUGUGGGCAGAGUAGACAGAGCCUCCUUUGGGAGACCCCCUCCCACCCCUUCCUGCCCUCCUUGACACUUAUGCAGGCCUUUGUCACCCUGCCCUAGUAGGAUGCCCUGUGGCUGUGACUUUUGUUAGAUAGGUACAUCCUGUAUGCACCAUUAAUACUUAUGGAAAUGCACACACCUACAGAGGACAACUGCCCUAGGUUCUGGGCUAUAAGGACAAGCGUGACAUUGACUUUGUUCUCAUGGCAUUUCCUGAGUUAUCUUGAAGACACAGGAAGACAUGUGUUUUAAAUUCAGAGGCUAGAGCUUGGAAAGAAGCCAUCUGAUUCUGUUUGGCAGUAACUGAGGAAGCUAGAGGAGAGAAGGUAGGAGACAGUGCUUCUGCUCAGACAUACUCUUUUCAGGACUGUCGUUCGUUGUCCUGGCUGGCCAGAAAAGACAGGUGGUGGUGGAUCAGAUACUGAAGUUUAGAGGCUAUUGAUAUAUAUAUGUCUCAUGUUUGCAAACAAUUAUUUAUCAGGCAUCUGCUAUAACCAUAAGGCAAAUCAUACUCACAUGUGAGUAACAGUUUGUAGUUUAUGCUUCAUGUUGUCCUAAAAAUCACUGGCUCGCUUUGCAAACAAGGACACCGAGACAGGUGACUUGUCCGGGACCUUAUGAAUCGCAGCUGUACGGCUUGGAACUCCGGUUCCCGGUUACUCAUCCCGGGCAUUUCCCACUAACCCAUAUUGCCUAAUGAUCCCACAGUCCCAGGGAAGAUUUUAUUCACUUUUGUGAUGAAUGUGGGGGCAACCUUAUGUUGUUCCAAGUGAACCUGUAGGGUCCUCUCUCUCCAGUUGGAUGAUUAUGAGGAUUAACAGUGCAACAUAAAAGGAAUUGUUCUAGAGGGUACUGUGAACAUGCAUGGAGCUCCCAACUACCAAAGGCAUACUCUGCUGACUGACUUCUGCCAGUAAAUAGCCGGCUCUGCAUGAUGUAACCACAAUGAGAUGCGGAAAGAUGAGAGAGGGCAGAAGAUUCCUGGGGUCCUCUCUUUCUCCCUGAGAUUCUCUUGUCUGCCACAGCUUAAGGCUGAGGAAGGCAGGCUGAGUCUCUGGAGCCACAACAUGGAAAUGUGGGUGCAAGUCAACCAUAUCAUUUCCAUUUUUCAAGGUUCUGAAAGACUUCCAGUCUUAUACUGGCCUUCCAUUGAUUAAAUAAGAUAAUGCGUGUAGAGCCCUUGGCACAUAGUAAGUAGCCAAUAAAUAAAUGGUAACUGUUCUAGUAGUAAUAGUGAUCUUUGUUACUUAUGUUAGUAUUUUAUUUUUAAAAUGAUCUUUAAAUUAUUGCAAUAAUAGAACAAUAUUAUUAGAGCAACAGUGACUUAAUGAUCAUGGUAAUAACAACAACUAUGCUAUGCCAAUUAGUGGUGUGAGGGGGGAACAGAACAGGAACGUUGAGUCCAGGGGAGAGAAUUUUAUGAAUGAGGCCUGGGAGGAAAAAGCAGUCCGUAUAGGAACUCUGUACUUUCCACUUGAUUUUUCUGUGAAUGUAAAACUGCUCUACAAAAUAAAACGUAUUUAAUUUUCUUAAAUAAGAAUGCAGAUGGAUGGACAGUUGGUAUUACUGUUUUUUGAUUCUCAGAGACAAUGCACCCCCUUAUUGCUUGUUCCUGGGUGGAUCUACUGCCACCACCUAACCUCUGGUACGUCGUGCGCAUGUUUUUCAGCUGCUGGCUCUGCAGAUACUCAAGCGAGCACCAUGCUAAUGAGGAAGUAAAGUUUGCCAUGGGACAGUCGCCCACUGUUUUCUCUGCUCACCGUGGGUGUUACGGCUGCACUGCUGGCUGCCGGUUGCAGGGCUCAGGUUCACUCCACGGAGCUGAACUGAACUCACUGUGGCUGCAGUGGGGUGGCUUGGCUGGACAUAGCCCUCCAGGUCAUCUGGCGUGUGCCCACCGCCCAACUCGUGAGACCCCCAACCCACAGAUCAGCGAAAAUGCCCAGGUGAUCCGAGAAGUAGAAGUUGACAAGGUCUCCAUGCUCUCCAGGGACCAGGUGGAGGCCAUCAAGCAGCUCUGGCAGGAUCCAGGAAUCCAGGAGUGUUAUGACAGGAGGAGAGAGUACCAGCUGUCAGACUCUGCCAAAUAUUACCUGACUGACAUUGACCGGAUUGCCAUGCCGUCAUUUGUACCCACACAGCAAGAUGUGCUUCGCGUCCGAGUGCCCACCACGGGCAUCAUCGAGUACCCAUUUAACUUGGAGGACAUCAUUUUUCGGAUGGUGGAUGUUGGUGGCCAGCGAUCUGAAAGACGGAAAUGGAUUCAUUGCUUUGAGAGUGUCACCUCCAUCAUUUUCUUGGUUGCUCUGAGCGAAUAUGACCAGGUCCUGGCUGAAUGUGACAAUGAGAAUCGCAUGGAAGAGAGCAAAGCCCUGUUUAAAACCAUCAUCACCUACCCCUGGUUUCUGAACUCGUCUGUGAUUUUGUUCUUAAAUAAGAAGGAUCUUUUGGAAGAGAAAAUCAUGUAUUCUCAUCUGAUUAGCUAUUUUCCAGAAUACAAAGGACCAAAGCAGGAUGUAAAAGCUGCCAGAGACUUUAUCCUGAAACUUUAUCAAGACCAGAAUCCUGACAAAGAGAAAGUCAUCUAUUCCCACUUUACGUGUGCUACAGAUACGGAGAAUAUCCGUUUUGUGUUUGCUGCUGUCAAAGACACAAUUCUACAGCUAAAUCUAAGGGAAUUCAACUUAGUUUAAAAGCUACUGCCCACCCAUUCCCAUAACAGAAGACAUGAUGAGCAAGACUUACUGGGGCCGGACCCUGUGCCGGGCGCCACAGACUUUGUGCAGACCACUGGGACAGCGGGGGGUAAGGACCUUGGAACAUGUUAGUUUACAAAGCCUUUUAAGUCUUAAUUCCCAAGUUGUUUUUAUAGUUGUCUCUUGGCUGUAAGAUUUUGUGUUAAUUUUAAAAUUUGGUAUUUCACAGAAUUUUCAAGUCUUUCUGUUUAAAAAAUUAAGUGAUAGCCAUUAAAAAUCACUUAAUAGAGGGGUCUGCUAAUUUAUAGAUGCCUUCAGACCUCUAAGAUUCAUUUUUUAAAGAUGUUAAUGGGGUUGACACAUUAAAUCUUAUAAUUAGAUACAUUACUAAUUUCUACUGUUUCUCUCUUUUCCUGCUGAAGUAUGCUCCUUUAACAUGGCACCAGUUUUUUUUAAUAGUUGGCCCAUUUUGUAUGCCAAUUUCCUAGGCCAAAUUAUUGAAUAUACUGGGCACAGUACUUUUAGUUGACAUAAUUAGGCCACUGUGAAGCCAAAGUUGACAUAUGGUAAAUGUGCUUUAGAUAGCAGGUGUGGUGUACUGGUGAAAAAAACACGUGUAUGUAUAUAUCCUAACGCAUAUGGCUAUGUCUUAUAAACUUACAAAAUGGCUAAAAGUGAAACAUUGAUUAGCAAAUGUUAUGUAACCCCUACCAAAGUUCUGAUGCUUACCAAAGAAUGCUAUGUUUGAACUAUGUAUGCUAUACCUUUCUCAGAAGACUAAGAAUAUACCAUUCUGCCACUAGCACUGAUUAUGUUGUGUUUCUUAAAGCACAAGGCUGAUGGGUCUGCUCUGAAAGAGAAAAGUGCUGUAAAUGUGAUAGUAAUCCAGAAACAUCCUGAAGUCUUCUCCUUUUGAAGUAAGUCUGUAGUCAUCACGUUAUGUUGGAGUUUCCUUAGCAACUGGUUCAGUGAAGCAGACGCAGAAUCCUCUGGGAAGUACAAAGUGCUUCAAACUAAAGACCCAUGAUGAUUUUGUUUCUGAUUGUUAUUUGAAGGUGCACAAGGAAGCACCGCAUGUAGGGAUUUAAGGUAUGCUAUUAGCUAUCCUAGACCGGGGGCCCCUAACCCCUGGGCUGCAGACUGGUACUGGUGCUGGUUUGUGGCAUGUUAGGAACGGAAUGCACAGUGGAGGAGCAGUGAGGGACGCUCCCUCUGUACUCAAAGGUGCUCUCACUGCUCCGUUACCACCUGACUCGGUCUCCUGUCAUCACUACAGCCGCACAGGAGCUGAAUCCUACUGUGAGCUGCACUUGGGAGGGAUCCAGAUGGAAUGAUCUGUAUGAGAAUCUAAUGUAAUAACAGAAUUAAAAUGCACAAUAACGGUAAUGCACUUGAAUCAUCCCCAAACCACUGUUAUUUCCUACCUGUGGGAAAACUGUCUUCCAUGAAACCAGUCCUAGUACCAACAAGGUCAGGGACUGCUAGUUUAGAUGGUCUCCAACUUAAAAUGGUUGGACAGCAUGAUUGUACGAGAGUGAUAUACGGUCAGUAGAAAUCAUACUUUGAAUUCGGAUCUUUUCUCAGGCUAACAAUAGUGUCAAUCUGAUACUGUCCAACGAUGAUGGGGAGCAGCUGAAACCAACAUAUUCUGGUCAGUCAUGUGCUCCUUGUGGGAAAUAAGUCUUAGCAACACAGUGCACUGUGGAAUAAGGCUUAUUUCCCAGAUUCUGUAGAUUAGGUGCAUAUAUUUUCAACUGACCAUGAGUUUAUCAGAGGUUGAGAAGCGUCUAUACAAAAUGUAUCCCAACUAUAUACAUGAUAAAACAGUAUUCUUACAGCGGUCCUACGCCUUCUUUCAGCCAGUAAUUAGACUGUCAAGUUCUCAUUCUUUUGGAACAAUUCUUAAUGUAAAGCCAUUAAAGAAGAGCAUCAGUGCCAGAAAAGAUUGAAAUUCCUUUACAAUAACAAUACUAAACCUUAAAAACCAAUCCUCACUCUAGAUGAAGAACUUGACAAACAAGAUGUUAAAGUCUAUCUGAAAUAGUGAAGGUCCAGGAAUAGCCAAAACAUUUCAGCACAAGACAACAGAGAGAUAGGGAAGUUGCUCUUCAAGAUAGUAAAAAAAUAUCAUCAGAGAGACAACACCCCUUGUUCUCUCUUCCAUACAAACUAGGAUAAAAAUUAUGAACUGAGUCUCUCUGACCAAUUAAAAUGAAAAGGUUUCAACAGAAUCAGCAAUCAAGGAAACGAAACAAUGUGGGCUCUUUUUUUAUUUCAAGUAUUUUCUAGCACUGAGUUGUUAAUUUAUUUUUGGCUGACAAAACAUACAAGAAAAUGAUGGCUUUCAAUCAGUUACAGGAAGUGUAUGCAAUAAAUCAUUUAAGG